ACUCGUUUUCUUUUCUUCAGGGAGAUGGGCAUGCUUUUCCUCCAAGUCUACAAAACAAAAUCUACAGAAGCUGAAGCUGUGACAUCGCUAGGGAUAGAAUAAGCGAGGAGAAAUGAAUUGAUGAUGAUAAGAGGAGUGGCAGCUUCGCUAAACUUCCCCGUGUGACGCGCGCGCUCCUCCCCGUAAACAGCAGAAAGAAAAAGUUUCCUCCUCUCACUUUUAACUGUCCUGAUGUAGAGACGCUCUGACGAAGUAAGACUCCAAAGUAGUUGCCGCCGUUUCAAAAGUUUGUGAAGUUUGGACAUGAAAGCUCUCAGGGGUUGCAAAGGGCGCUUCUAAUUACUUCUCGGCAAAAUGAAGCCGUCGCUGCGCUUUUGUUCCUCUCUGUGGACUCUGCUGGUCUUCAGCGCUCUCCUCAAAAGCACCCACGCAGACUGUAACACAACAUGUGGAACAGACGUACAAAUAUUAACAACUACAGCAAAUAUCAGUGUGACGUCUGGAACACAGUGCACCUUAUCCACUGGCAACAUCACUGGAAAUGGAUUAAUAACUGGUCUGAUCCCUGGAAAUGUCUAUGAGGUUAACUUUAGCUGUUUUAACUGCUGCAAAAACAUCACAACCAAUCCUGCUGCGGUUAAAAAUCUCUUUAUUGUUUUUGUCACAACAUCCUCUGUGAAGCUAAACUGGGCUAAAGCCGAUGGCAAUGCUGAUUCAUACAAGAUUCAAUGGUUUUCACAAAAUAAUGGCUUCAACCAGUCCACUACAAAUGAAACCACCUUCACCAUUGAAGAUCUAGUCCCUGGAGUGCACUACAACAUUACAGUGACAGCUGUUGCAAAUUCAAUUGAGGGGGAAGCACAACUCAGAGAUACUUUCACAAAGCCUGAAAUGGUUGGAAAUCUCGCAGUCUCUGGUUUCACCACAUCCUCUGUGUUUGUUACCUGGAGCAAACCACUGGGAGAAAGCUCCUAUUAUACAGUAAAAUGGACAAAUCAAACAGCAAACUUCAGUCAAAAUGUCUAUGUGACAGAGACAAAUGUCACUGAUCUGACUCCUGGAGUGAAAUACUGUUUCGCUGUGACUGCAGUAGCUGGAGAUAACAUAACAGAGAGUGACGUGGGAAACACUUGUCAAUAUACAAAGCCUGAAAUGGUCAGAAAUCUCACAGUCUCUGGUUUCACCACAUCCUCUGUGUUUGUUAACUGGACUAAACCAGAGGGAAACAGCUCUUUCUAUAGAGUACAUUGGAGAAAUGGAGAAAUAAGAGACUCUGUAAAUGUGUCUGAGACAUUUAGAGACAUAACUAACCUGACUGCUGGUGUCCAGUAUGAAAUAAGUGUCACUGCAGUAGCAGCUGAUGGUCGUACUGAAGGACAGAGAAUGAAUGUUUUCCAGUACACAAAACCUGAAGCAGUCAGUCUUCUCAGAGUAUCUGCAGUCACAACAACAUCCAUAUUUGUGAUCUGGAAUAAACCAAAUGGAAAUAGAUCCUUCUACAGUGUAAACUGGACAGAUGGAACGAACACCCAAAGUGCAAGUGAAACGGGCGAAAGUAGAAACAUCACUGGCCUGACUGCUGGUGUCCAGUAUACUAUAACAGUUACUCCUGUUGCAGUAGAUGGAACUGUAGGAGCAAGUAUCUCCGUGUCUAAAUACACAAAACCAGGCAACAUUCAAAUUAACAACGUUUCUGCAACCACUGUCUCCAUCUUCCUCAACUGGACUGCACCUGAUGGUUACGUGUCUUCAUACAAGGUCACAUGGCAAAAAGCUGGAGAUUCACAGCUUUUAUUCACAAACAACACCUUCGUUUUGCUAUCAAACCUUUCUCCAGGCACUAACUACAUUAUAACCAUCAGUGCCAUUGCUGGAGCCAAUAACACUGAAGGAGAACCCUUCACGGUUACGAAACCCACAAAUCCUGCUGCGGUUAAAAAUCUCUUUAUUGUUUUUGUCACAACAACCUCUGUGAAGCUAAACUGGACUAAAGCUGAUGGCAAUGCUGAUUCAUACAAGAUUCAGUGGUUUUCACAAAAUAAUGGCUCCAACCAGUCCACUACAAAUGAAACCACCUACACCAUUAAAGAUCUAGUCCCUGGAGUGCACUACAACAUUACAGUGACAGCUGUUGCAAAUUCAAUUGAGGGGGAAGCACAACUCAGAGAUACUUUCACAAAGCCUGAAAUGGUUGGAAAUCUCGCAGUCUCUGGUUUCACCACAUCCUCUGUGUUUGUUAACUGGACUAAACCAGAUGGAAACAGCUCUUUCUAUAGAGUACAGUGGAGAACUGGAGAAAUAAGAAACUCUGUAAAUGUGUCUGAGACAUUUAGAGACAUAACUAACCUGACUGCUGGUGUCCAGUAUGAAAUAAGUGUCACUGCAGUAGCAGCUGAUGGUCGUACUGAAGGACAGAGAAUGAAUGUUUUUCAGUACACAAAACCUGAAGCAGUCAGUCUUCUCACAGUAUCUGCAGUCACAACAACAUCCAUAUUUGUGAUCUGGAAUAAACCAAAUGGAAAUAGAUCCUUCUACAGUGUAAACUGGACAGAUGGAACGAACACCCAAAGUGCAAGUGAAACGGGCGAAAGUAGAAACAUCACUGGCCUGACUGCUGGUGUCCAGUAUACUAUAACAGUUACUCCUGUUGCAGUAGAUGGAACUGUAGGAGCAAGUAUCUCCGUGUCUAAAUACACAAAGCCUGGACCGGUAGGGAAUCUCACAGUCUCUGGUUUCACAACAUCCUCUGUGUCUCUAAACUGGACUAAACCACUGGGAGAAAGCUCCUAUUAUACAGUAAAAUGGACAAAUCAAGCAGCAAACUUCAGUCAAAAUGUCUCUGUGACAGAGACAAAUGUCACUGAUCUGACUCCUGGAGUGAAAUACUGUUUCGCUGUGACUGCAGUAGCUGGAGAUAACAUAACAGAGAGUGACGUGGGAAACACUUGUCAAUAUACAAAGCCUGAAAUGGUCAGAAAUCUCGCAGUCUCUGGUUUCACCACAUCCUCUGUGUUUGUUAACUGGACCAAACCAGAGGGAAACAGCUCUUUCUAUAGAGUACAGUGGAGAAAUGGAGAAAUAAGAAACUCUGUAAAUGUGUCUGAGACAUUUAGAGACAUAACUAACCUGACUGCUGGUGUCCAGUAUGAAAUAAGUGUCACUGCAGUAGCAGCUGAUGGUCGUACUGAAGGACAGAGAAUGACUGUUUUCCAGUACACAAAACCUGAAGCAGUCAGUCUUCUCACAGUAUCUGCAGUCACAACAACAUCCAUAUUUGUGAUCUGGAAUAAACCAAAUGGAAAUAGAUCCUUCUACAGUGUAAACUGGACAGAUGGAACGAACACCCAAAGUGCAAGUGAAACGGGCGAAAGUAGAAACAUCACUGGCCUGACUGCUGGUGUCCAGUAUACUAUAACAGUUACUCCUGUUGCAGUAGAUGGAACUGUAGGAGCAAGUAUCUCCGUGUCUAAAUACACAAAGCCUGGACCGGUAGGGAAUCUCACAGUCUCUGGUUUCACAACAUCUUCUGUGUCUCUAAACUGGAGCAAACCACUGGGAGAAAGCUCCUAUUAUACAGUAAAAUGGACAAAUCAAGCAGCAAACGUCAGUCAAAAUGUCUCUGUGACAGAGACAAAUGUCACUGAUCUGACUCCUGGAGUGAAAUACUGUUUCGCUGUGACUGCAGUAGCUGGAGAUAACAUAACAGAGAGUGACGUGGGAAACACUUGUCAAUAUACAAAGCCUGGAGCAGUCAGGAAUCUCACUGUCACUGGUUUCACAACAUCUUCUGUGUCUCUAAACUGGAGCAAACCACUGGGAGAACGCUCCUAUUAUACAGUCAAAUGGACAAAUCAAACAGCAAACUUCAGUCAAAAUGUCUAUGUGACAGAGACAAAUGUCACUGAUCUGACUCCUGGAGUGAAAUACUGUUUCGCUGUGACUGCAGUAGCUGGAGAUAACAUAACAGAGAGUGACGUGGGAAACACUUGUCAAUAUACAAAGCCUGGAGCAGUCAGGAAUCUCACUGUCACUGGUUUCACAACAUCUUCUGUGUCUCUAAACUGGAGCAAACCACUGGGAGAAAGCUCCUAUUAUACAGUAAAAUGGACAAAUCAAGCAGCAAACUUCAGUCAAAAUGUCUAUGUGACAGAGACAAAUGUCACUGAUCUGACUCCUGGAGUGAAAUACUGUUUCGCUGUGACUGCAGUAGCUGGAGAUAACAUAACAGAGAGUGACGUGAGAAACACUUGUCAAUAUACAAAGCCUGGAGCAGUCAGGAAUCUCACUGUCACUGGUUUCACAACAUCUUCUGUGUCUCUAAACUGGAGCAAACCACUGGGAGAAAGCUCCUAUUAUACAGUAAAAUGGACAAAUCAAACAGCAAACUUCAGUCAAAAUGUCUCUGUGACAGAGACAAAUGUCACUGAUCUGACUCCUGGAGUGAAAUACUGUUUCGCUGUGACUGCAGUAGCUGGAGAUAACAUAACAGAGAGUGACGUGGGAAACACUUGUCAAUAUACAACUCCUGGACAAGUUUCUAACAUAACAGCCAUAGGAACCACGACCACCCUGACAGUGAACUGGACAAAAGCACCUGGGCAGGUGUCGUCAUACUCAGUUAAUCUCUACAGAGACCGGCAGUUAAAUCAAACCACAACUCUGAGCAACGACACUCUAAGCUUUGUUUUUGGGGGCCUGAAACCAGGAGUCCUUUACUGUGUGGAUGUGGUCACCAUAAGUGGACCAGUUCAGAACAACCAUACGGUUUGCAAUGCGACUUUUCCCAACCCACCUGGUGUCAUCACAGUGGACUUUCAGACAGUUCAGUCCAUCAAUUUUACCUGGCAACGUCCAGCAGACAUGGACCAAAAUCAGUACAACUUCAGUGUGUCCAGCGGUAACUUCUCCAACCAGACUACAAACAACUGGUACCUGCUGGAAAAUCUCCAAUCAGGAAGCCCCAACAACAUCAGUGUAGUUACUGUUGGUGUGUUUGGGUAUACGAGCACAGCAGUAACAGCCAGAAACUAUACACGACCAUAUAGUGUAACAAAUCUGACCCAGGCAACAAUCACCACAGACUCAGUGACCUUGGUUUGGGAUCAGCCAGAGAGGAAAUCAGACUACUCCUACGAAGUAAAGGUCAUUGGAUCACCUGGGAGAGAGCUUGUCAACAUUAUUACUAAUACUACUAUAAAAGUAGAUAAUCUUCAGUCUGGAAGCAACUACAGCUUCACCGUUACAACCCAGGCUGCAGACGGCACCCGAGCAGAACCUCGGACCAUUUCCUACUUCACACGACCAUUCAGUGUGACAAAUCUGACCCAGACAGAAAUCACCACACAUUCAGUGACCUUGGUGUGGGAACAGCCCGACAGCAAAUCAAACUACACCUAUGAAGUAAAGGUCAAGGGUCCUGACACUGGUUCACCUAUAAGUGUGACUGUAAACAUUACUACUAAUACUACUAUAAAAGUAGAUAAUCUUCAGUCUGGAAGCAAUUACAGCUUCACCGUUACAACCCAGGCCGCAGACGGCACCCAAGCAGAACCACGGACAGUUUAUUACUUUACACGGCCAUAUGGUGUGACAGACUUGAGAGCUGAAACCUUAAACACAUCUGCUAUUUUCAUAAACUGGACAAAACCAUUACAGUACAGGAAUGACUAUAUGUAUCAGGUGGUGAUAACAUGCUGCAACCUCGAAAACCGCACCUUGCCAACGGAAAGCAUCACAAUCUCAGAGCUCACCCCUGGAACCAACUACAUCAUCUGUGUUUUAGUCAUGGCAGCAAAUGGCAUUAACGGAGAGAAACAUUGCACCACUCAGUACACCAAACCUGAGACGGUGCUGCCUAGUGUCUCCAAUCAGGGCUCCAACAGUUCAGUCCUGGUGUCAUGGACCAAACCUUAUGGAAAUGUGGAGCGUUAUAAGGUUCAUCUGAACAGUUCUCAGAUAGUUUUCACCAUAGAAAAAGAGCUGAGCCCCAACAUUACCUCCUUCCUGUUCACCAACCUGUCAGCUGGAGUCCUUUACGGUGCUAUAUUGAGCACAUGUAGUGGACCUUUUAAUCAAUCAUCUGACGUCGUUAUUAAUGCAACUUACCCUAACCCUCCUGGACCGAUUGAGAUCCUGAACAAGACAACCAGCUCCAUUGUAUUUAUUUGGGGAGAAGCCCCUCUAAUGACAAAAACAUUAUUCUACUAUAAUACACAAAUUCAGAGAGAACAAAACAUUACUACCAGCACUGCUGUCAACACCACAUUUACCUUUUCCAACCUGUCCUCUGGGACUUCCUACAACAUCUCUGUGAGAACCGUCGGACCUAUGAAUUUUACGAGUGAGAGUGUUACCAGUAACAUGAUCACAACAAGACCGCAUAGAGUGAACUCUCUCAACGCCACUCCCCAGGUAACAUCAAUUGGUGUGAAUUGGACCAAACCUGUUGAAUACAAGGACAGCUAUUAUUACAAUCUGACCUGGCAAUGGUCAGAUGGGAUGGUUAACAACAGCAUCACGUAUGAAACCAAUUAUCUCAUCCGUGACCUGCAACCAGGAAGCCAGUACAACAUUAGUGUCACCACAGUGACUUCUGAUGGAACACGGGGUGCUUCGACAAGGAUCAACAUCUGCACAGAUGCAAGCCCUGUGACGAAUCUCACAUGCACGGCACCAAACUUAGAAGAAGCACAGAUCUUCCUGACCUGGAAUAAACCGGAUGGUCAGAGCUCUGGCUUCCAGGUUGUCCUGGGAGACAGUGAGCCAGUCUUUAAUUCCACGGCCAGCUGUUGCAGUCAAAAUGUUUCCAGACUUAAACACUAUACCGAAUAUAAAGUGACUGUAAUGACUCAAAGCUGCGGACAUCCCAGUACACCUGUAAAUCUUACAUGUCGAACAGGCAUCACGAAUCCUCAGAUUCCAGCAAACUUUGCCACUCUAGUAAGUGUAAAGGAUCAGAACACGUUCACAGUUCAGAUUAAUCGCAGCCUGCUAGACAACACGAAUGGACCAAUCACAAAUGUGGGGGUACUGGUAAAAAGAAGCAGCAGUUCAUAUAAUUCUAAUUUGACAUACUUGGGAAAAACUUAUGCUGACUGGAGUAAAGGCUCUACCCCAGUAUACCUGGCAACGGUUAUACCCAUCACCUCCCAGUCACGCAGCAUUCAGGACCUCCAAACCAAAAGCACUAACUCGUCAAACAACCCAAUUUCCAUUGUAAUAGGAAAUGGAGCACAGUGGGAGGGCUACCUUAAUGGUCCUCUGACAGCCGGUGAAUCUUACCAAUAUGCAGUUGUGAUGUUCACCUAUCUGGAAAGUUCGGCCACAGAUCAGGGAACUGUGAACAGCAACCGGUCAUUGUACUCCAUAACACCGUUCUCUGAAGCUUUACAACUUGACAAAACUAUAGAUACCAUUGCAAUUGUUAUUGGAGUAACACUGGGAGUUUUUGGAGUUUUCUUCAUUAUCCUUAUGGGCUUCAUCAUCUACUGGAAAAGAGUAUCCAAAAAAGAGGCAUCCGACAUCCAGAUUCAUUCCGUGAGAGCUAAAGUAAGUGCGGCUGUGAGGGUGGAGGACUAUGAGGCUUACUACAAGAAGCAGAAAGCAGACUCCAACUGUGGCUUUGCAGAGGAAUUUGAGGACAUGAAGAUUGUUGGUACUGCUCAGGCAAAAAUUCAUGCUCUGUCUUUGGAGAACAAGCCUAAAAACCGCUACAACAACGUGCUUCCUUACGAUUCAUCAAGGGUGAAACUUUCUAUUGUCCAUGGAAAUCCACAUGACGACUACAUCAAUGCUAACUACAUGCCGGGUUACCUCUCCAGGAAGGAGUUUAUUGCAGCUCAGGGUCCUUUGCCCACAACAGUCAACGAGUUCUGGAGGAUGAUCUGGGAGAAGAAUGCGCAGACUCUGGUCAUGCUGACUCGCUGUAAUGAACAAGGACGAGUUAAAUGUGAGCAGUACUGGGGUCGUGGCACCAAGCACUUUGACAAUAUUACUGUGACAACAACUUCUGAAAUACCACUUGAUGACUGGACCAUCAGGGACUUUAGCAUAAAAAAUGUGAAAACAGCAGAGGUCCGUUUAGUUCGUCACUUCCAUUUCACAGCCUGGCCAGAUCACGGGGUUCCAGAAACCACGGAGCUCCUCAUCAGCUUCAGGCAUCUGGUCAGAGAACACAUGAACCAGUACUCCAAACACUCACCUACUGUGGUCCACUGCAGUGCUGGUGUGGGCCGAACAGGCACCUUCAUCGCCAUCGACCGGCUGAUCUUCCAGAUCGAAAGGGAAAAUAUUGUGGAUGUGUUUGGCAUUGUUUACGACCUGCGAAUGCACCGACCGCUCAUGGUGCAGACAGAGGACCAGUAUGUGUUCUUAAACCAGUGUGCCUUGGAUGUCAUCCGGUCGAGGACUGGGACCAACGUGGAUCUAAUCUACCAAAACGCAGCUGCACUCUCAAUUUACGAGAAUAUAGAACCGAAAAAAGGUUUUCCCAAACAAAGAUAUUAAAUUACAUAGUUUUUCAAAUCUUCCUUCAGGUUUCUAACUUAAGCCAGAAACUGUGCAGAUUUGUGUAAAGGGAAUAAUUUUAACAGUUCUGUUUUAUUUUUUUAUGAGUCACACUUUUAGUGAAAAUCUACCAACAUUCAGGAUUUAAACUCUGUUUUAUUGUAUUUAUUUGUUUAAAAAAAGUUGAAUAUUUGAUAAUGAAGGGCGCUGUGUGAAGAUGCAUUUGAUGACCAACUUAUUGACCAAAAACAUGGAUAAUAUUUACUUCUGCCUUGUUUUACAAAUGCACAAUAGUUUUAAAACUUCUGAUUGCUUCCUACUGUAUGUGACUUAGUGAAGAGUAAAUGUUUUGCUCAGGUAGUUUUUUAGAUGCUGUAUAGAUAUAUUUUUACAUUUUUGAUUAAAAAAAUUGGAAUUGACUUGUACAAAACAAAUGCUGGUGUAAAUACUGUGCCUUUAAACGGUUUGUAUGCUUUAACACCAAUAGGGGGCACUCUUUCUUUUUUUUUCCUUAAAGAUAAAUAGGGCCUAUAUGAUAUUAUUAUUACAGGAACCUUUUAAUUAUAGACUUUAUUUUUGCUUUACAAACAAUAAGUCAAAAUGAAUUGUGCAAUGUUUUUUUAUUCAUUUUUAUUUAAGUGCACUGCAAUGUGAAUAAUGCACUGGAUGCAUUUGUCUUCUACACUGUCCACUUUAAACAAAAGAGAUGUUUUUAUCAGUGGUAUUUGUUGCAUUUUGGCCAGUGCCUUAUGGAAUGGAAAAUUUUCCUCACUACCGGUCAUUUGAUUGUUGCAGCUCAGGAACUUAUGCAAGUUUAAGAUUUACUGGCCGUCAUUGUGUUAAAAAAAGAAGGAAAAAAGAAACAUACUGUCAAAAACUUGGAAGCCACUUCCAUUGUUCUGUUUUACUGAUGUCCGUCUCGUCUGCACUGUACAUUCCUCUCAGAAACUGUAAUGCUGUGUGGCUUCCUGCUAUAUAUCUGAUCCAUCUAUGGUCAUUUCCUGUGAUGUUAAAAAUCGCCAGAGAAACUCAAGCGUUAUUUUUACCUUCUAAAGAGUAGAAUUUUCCAUGAGGCAGGUACGUUUUUGUAGAUUUUUCUAAACUUGUGUUCUAUUUUUGCUAUAGUGUACUUACAAUGGUUGGACGCACUUUUAAAUAAAAUACAAGUAAGACUAGAAAACAAAGUUUUAGGGCAUUUUUAAAAUGCUUUUUAAGUGCUUGCUGGUUCAAAGCAAUUAUGCUAAAAGAGUUAGGAUUUAAAAUGUGUAUAUCUUUCAGUUUGUCAUAUGAAAUAGGAUUAAAGAUGUUAAUGCAUUGUGGCCUCAAUUUCAUGAUUAAAGCUUUAUUCUCACAA